AUGGACUGUGAUGAUCUUGGGGAUAAAUCUGUUCCUGGAGUUGGGGAGACAGUGUUGGGAGAAGGCGAGCUUGGCAAUUUAAGAGGGAUGACUAUUGAGGGUGAAGGAGAUGAAUUCCCCAAUUUAGAUGAUGAUGGGAAGGAUAGUGACUUUACAGUGGGUAGUGGAAGUCAUGGUAGUGACGAUGACUUAUUUGAAGAGUUUGUGGAUAUGGACUGUGAUGAUGAGGGUGAAGGAGAUGAUUUUUUAGGUUUAGAUGAUUACUAUAUAGACCAAGAUAUGGCUAAUGAAGUAGUUGCUGAAGAGGUAGCGGAUUGGACUGAGAAUGAUGAAGAGGAUACAACGGAGGAGAAUCUGAUAGUUGGAAGUGAUGAGGAGUGGGAGGAGUUAUUUGACUCAGAGGAUGAGGGGACUGUGCGUAGGCGGGGCGUGAGCACGACUUUUCCAAAGUUCAAUCCACUCGAUGUGUAUGCACCGAGGUUUGAAAUAGGGAUGAUAUUUGCAACGAGGGACGAGGUUAAAAGAGCAAUACAAUCUUAUGCAAUUUCAGAAAGAAGAAGUGUGGCUUUUACAAAGAUUGACAAGCGCCGGUAUGCGAGGUGUAAAGAAAAAGAACCAAAUUGUGAGUGGAAAAGCAACGCAGUGAAGGUGAAGGAUGACACGGCUUUCCAAGUAAAUCUAUUGCAUCCUAAGCAUUCGCAGUCAUGUCUUCCUUCUUUUAUUGUUGCGAAUGUUAAGACUUCUUGGUUGAGUGAAAAGUUUGCUCAUAAAUUUAAAUGUGAUCCGAAACGCGAGGUACAAGGUUUUAGGAAGGAGAUAAUGAGAGAAUUAAACGUGAGUGUGUCAAAAGAUCAGGCCUAUAGGGCAAAGAGGCGUGCUUUGGAAAGGAUAAGUGAAGAUUCUGUUUACCAAUACAGUCGUCUUUGGGAUUACACACAUGAGUUAAGAAAGAGUAAUCCAGGGACCAUAGUUGUGUUAGGUGUUGAGACUGAUGAUGGAGAAUCUGUUUUUAACCGUAUUUAUGUGUGGUAUGGAGCUUUAAAAGAAGGAUUUAGUGUUGGUUGUAGACCCAUAAUUGGUGUGGAUGGAUGCCACUUGAAGGGUAUUUACGCUGGUGUCUUACUUACCGCUGUUGGAAUUGAUCCGAAUAAUAAUCUGUUCCCAAUUGCCUUUGCAGUGGUUAGUAGAGAGAAUGGUGAAACAUGGAGAUGGUUCUUGACUUUGUUGAAGAAAGAUUUAAGGAUUGGGGGUGACAAACAGGUUACAUUCAUGUCUGAUAAGCAAAAAGGGCUGAUACAGGCCUUCGAUGGUGUAUUCCUAGGAUAUGAUCACAGAUUUUGUGUUAGACACAUGGAUAACAACUUUGUUAAUGCCGGUUUUAGAGGAACUGCACUGAAAAAUGCAAUUUGGCGUGCUACUUUGGCUUCUACGCCGGGGGAAUUUCGUCGUCGAAUGGAUGAGUUGAAAGAUCUUGACAGUGAGGCACACAAAUGGUUCGACGAUAAGCCUGUAGCGCAGUGGAGUCGGAGUCACUUCAAAGUUUAUUCAAAGUGUACGUUGGAAGAGAUUUGGGUGAGAUUGCGAAAGCUAGGGAGUGUCGAUAAAAGUUGUGUUGCUGAGUUGAUAUUGAAUCAGGGAAGUCGGGGGGCAGUAUGUCAAAUUCUCGAGGUCAUGAGGAGUUUUAUUGAUGCUGUGAUGCGGCAUAACCCACUAACAUAUUCUGGUUCUGUAGAGCCUGGAGUUCUUGAGUUAUGGGUUGAAAAGAUGGAAAAGAUAUUUCGUGUUGUUCAAGUUCCACCAGAUCAACGAGCCAAUAUCGGGGCUUAUUUCUUGGAAGGUCGAGCAAAUCAGUGGUAG